GCGACUGUGCACUUCAGUUCUGACGGCGCGCGCACAGCACACUCUCCGAGCGCGUCAAUUUUAGGUGGGAUUUACGCCGAUAAAAAUCUACUCGAGACGUCCGACGUGCCUGUGACACUGGAAUGAAGAGUGACAGCAGGACCAUGUUUGUCUCCGGGGUUUUGCCGAUCUUGCUGUGCUGCGUUGUGAAGUUGAGCGUCGCGCGCAGGAACGGUGCUGAAGACGGAGAGACUGUGGAGAAGAUUAACAGCGCGCGCUGCACCUCGCGCUGCCUCACGCUGCACAUCACUCAGCUCACUUCCGCCUUCAGACGCCUUCAGAGUGAUGAGGUUCUGGGCUGGUGCGAAAACCAUAGGAGAUGUGCUCAGUGCCUACAGCCAUGCAAGGAAUUAUGGGAAACCAAAAGAGUUCUUUCUCACAAGUUUUGCGAGAAGCACCAUGAGUGUGUGACCAGUGCUGAGUUCUUGCAGUCACUGCAGACACAGAAGCAGGGCGAUUGUCCUUCUCCUCAAAGGGCAUCAGGCUUCGCAGCCGCCUGCGUGGAGAGCUGCAAUGCCGACCGCGAGUGCUCUGGCUCUAAAAAGUGCUGUUCCAAUGGCUGUGGCCACACCUGCCAAGCACCAACCAACCUUUAUAAAGGCGUCCCUCUGAAGCCAAGGAAAGACAUGGCCUUUUUAGAGGACCCGCAUGGACAGCUGGAGGUGACAUGGAUGUCUAAGUUCAAUGUGUCUAUUGAGCCAGUGCUGUAUAUUCUGCAGAGGAGAUGGAACCAUGGCAUUCAUCCCAGCGAAGAUGACGCCUCACCCUGGCACACCGUUAUGAUGACCAUGGAAGAACGGGCCUUGCUGAAGGACGUCCGGCCCCACAGGUGGUACCAGUUUCGGGUGAGUGCAGUGAACAGCCAGGGCACACGCGGCUUCACCACUCCCAGCAAGCACUUCUUCUCAGCACGAGACCCGUUUCCCCCAGAGAGGCCGCAGAACAUCAGCGCCGAGAAUCAGACUGUGAGCGCUGAUGGUAGGGUGAGCGUGCUGCUUCGCUGGGACCCCCCCAGAGAGGGAGACCUGCAGCUCCACCAUUACAAAGUGACCUGGAGCGGCCCGAGUGGAAAGGAAAGCAGCAGGGUCGCAGACGGGAUGCUGACGGAGAUGGAGCUGGGAGGACUCCAGCCAGACACUCAAUACAUAGUGAACAUUCAGGCAGUUGCUUUCUGGGGACAGAAGCGUUUGAAGAGUAACCGUGCACAGCUCUCUUUCAAAACUGCCGCUUCCACCGGCUCCUCGCCAACAUCACGGGACUUUUCCAACGAGCUGCCCAUCUCCCGCUCAUCUCCCAGAGUCCUCCGACUCGAGGCCGCGGCUCCCCACUACCACAACAACCAGCUGCAGGUGAAGGUAUUUUGGAAGAGUCGACUCCCAGAAAACCAGAGGGGAUCCACUUCAUACUUUUUAAGCUGGUUUCCAGAGGUAUGUGCUAAUAACGUGACCAAGAAGGAGAAAACGGCUACUGUACAGGGCACGCAUUAUGUCAUCACAGACCUUCUCUUUGCCUGUAAGUACAAAGUAACUGUGAUACCACUCUCUGAGCAUGAAGAGAAGGCCGGGGCCGUGACCUCUGUCACUACCCCACAGUGCUCGACGCUUAAAGGCCGUGGGAAGAAGCUACUGUCCUGUGCCCACGAUGAGCGCCAUCUGCAGGCCAAGAAGGCGCUGCAGCGCCCCGAGAAGCUGUUAGCGGAGUUUCAGACGGUGAACGGCACCCUGGAAGGUCUGUUCAGCUGGCAGGUGUCUGAGAUCACACCCGGCCAGACACCCAUCACAGGAUUUCAGUUCUCCUGGGUCAAAGUCUCCAGCAGCCGUGUGAACAAGUCUCCAGACUCACUCAUCUCUCAAACGCUAAAUCUGGCAGCUGAUCAGCGUUCCGUCAGGGUGGAGCAGCUCCAGCCAAAGUGUGCGUACAAGGUGCAAGUGCAGGCGCUGUCUGAAGCAGGCAGUGGGCCCUCAGUGGCCAAAAUGCUAAACACUCCACAGCUUAAUGGCACACUGCUAUGAGUCUGUACAGUUCUGAAGUAUCAUCAUAAACAUCUGAUCUCUCCAGUUCCCUUCAGAAAAGUGUGCUUCUUCAACCGGUAUGCUUGGAGCCAUGGUUAUGUUGCAUGAUGCCAACAUUUCAAUUCUAAGUUUUUUUAAAAAAUGUUUCAGUAACAGUAAAAAAUGUUUUGUAAGUUAAAUGUUCAGAGAGAUUUGAAGCCUAUAUUAUUUAAGUGUACUUUAUCAUGUAAAAAUGUGUAGCACUGAUGUAUGUAGUGUGUAGUGAGAGAUGUGUACUGCUUUUUUUUUUUGUUAUCUUGCUAGUUCAUGUAUUAAUUUUGUUUCAUGUUUAAUACUAAUACCUUUCUGUUUCUGAAUCCGAAACAUUUUUGUGCUGUGCAACUAGAGUGCUAAAUUAUUUUUCAACAUUUUUAUCAUCCGCUUACAGUCUAAUGUAAUCUUGAACUAUUUAUUGUGAUGUGCUAAAAAAAAAGAAAAAGAAAAAAGGAAGUUGUCCAUGAUUCUGACAUCUGUGCUUAUAUUUAGCUAAAAAUUUCUUUCAUUACAUAUGUCCCACACCAGGUAUCAAAUAGUUUUAAAAAAUUACACAACACCUGGUUGAAGUUAUGAUUAUAAAAUUGAAGGCUUUGUUUGAAUUACAGUAAAAUGAACCCAUAUCAGGUUUAUGGUUAUUACACAAAUUAAUAAUGCCUUACUUCAACAGUGCCAAAAAAAAAGUGUUAUAAACAGUAAUGUACAGCAAUGGUAUAAUGCCACAUGAACACUUGCAUCAGUGUGGCAUAUACCAUUUGUAAUGAAAUCAUUUUAUUCAUUUUGUUCAGACAUUGUUUCCAUUGUACAAAAAUGUUAUGCUUUCUGUAAAUAUUGCACUUGUGUUGUUACAAAUAAACAUUUAAGUAAAUUCAUAA